ACACACACACACACACACACACACACAAGUGAAAUAAAAAGAAAUGAAGUGAUACUAUAUUACCGACAGUUUUCAAUCAGCGCCAAGCAUCAAGCACCAAGCACCAAACGGCAUGACUGCAGUGUAUGCCUUCACCAUAACCUCUCACACUGCCUCAUCUUCGUCUAUUAAAGGCUCAGACGUGUAGACAAGAAGAAAUAUAAAGAAGAAGAAGGAAAAAUAAAGGAGGAAGACGAAGAAGAAAUGAGAAAUAGAGACGGAAUAGGAGAAGGAUCCAAGGUGUAAUAUUUAGCGUGGCUUCAUAUAUGUGACGUCAAAUCAGCUGGGUGGAGGAGCUGCGAAGGGGGAGCCGGGAAUGGAGGCGAGCGCACGGGACGGUUUCUCGGGGACAUUGCCGAAAAAGUCAUAACUUGAAAACUACGCAUUUGCGACGGAAGUGAUGUAGAACAUCAAUCAAUUCACUACAUAUCUCACCAGAAACACAUAAGCCACAUCAGAAAAUUGUUGGUUGGGUGAAACUGUAAGUUGACCGAAGAAACUCAACACUAGUACCAGCAGGGCCACCUUCUAUUAGCAAUCGUCACCAUGAGUAUGCCAUCCUCCUCCCCCAUGGACAGGAUUAUGACCCUGGACAACAUUGAGAAGGAUAUCGCCACUGUCCUUCAGUCAGCAGGCCAGGCCCUGACGGAACUCAGCAAGGACAAGCCAGCCAACAAACAGGUGGAGGCGCACGUGGCACAGUUCCGCCAAACACUCACCAGUGUAGAGACAGAACUUGCUAAGCAGAUCAAUUAUCUCACCCAGGUGUCCACAGGCCAGGCACACGAGGGGUCCAGCUACAACUCCCAGAAGACCCUCCAGAUGGCCAUGCACCGCCUUGACCAUGCCAAGACCCGGGUCAAUGAACUGGAGGCCAUCAAGAACAAGCACAUACAGAUCAUGCAGCAGCAUCAACUACAGAAGCAGCAGGGCAUGCAGCAACAACCACAGACCUUAUGAUGAGGGAAGAGUAGAGGGAAGGGGAAGGGGAGGCUUUGAUUGGUUGUGUGUUUAAGAUCUGGAGGUGUGUAAGGAGUCAGGAGGUGCAGGAAAUGUGAUGGUUACACUCUUUUAUCAUUAUUCCUGUUCUUAUUGGAUCCUACUUUUCAUGUGUUAUUGGUUUGUCAUUAUAUGGUCACAUCUGUCUUGUGUUGUGAUGUGGCAUGGUUUUUCAGUUGUACAAGGAAUACUAGUGUGCCAAAUAUUAUGCCACCCAAAUUCAAUGUCUCUCUUACAUUCUUCAAUGGAAAAUCAAACAUUUUGUGGAAGUCAGCAUUAUUGAAGUUAAUUAAUUCUGUGUUCUAAUAUUUUACAAAGCUGGAGCAUAUAAUUUACACAACAAAUUACCACAGUGCAUCCAAGAAUACAACGCAGUCAUCAAUAUGAACACCAAGGAGGAAAAUAACACACACACAGCUUUUGAUAUGUUUUACUUAACACAAAGAGUGACCGAAUCACCAGGCAGCACCCAGCCAGCCGCCACGCUGAAGCAGCACAGCGAGUCCUUCACAGGUACAAAAAAUUGCUACUCUCCUAACACAUCUUGGACUAAUUACUGCAUUUCCAGCCUACACUUCCUAGCAUAUUGGCAGACACCACCUAAAUUAACUCUUUUGUUUUGUGUGUGUGUGUGUGUGUUUGUGUUUGUGUGAGUUUCAACUGUUCACCUGUUUGUAUCUUUUUUAUGAGGCUCAAUAGUGUGUGUGUGUGUGUGUGUGUGUGUGUGUGUGUGUGUGUGUGUGUGUGUGUGUGUGUGUGUGUGUGUGUGUUUCAGUCUGUGUUGCUCUCCAAGCUGUGUUGCACUGCACGGUUUUGGGAGCGCACAAAACAGUAGCUUUAUUACAUUUUUCCUAUAAUGAAACUGCAUGAAUGAAACAAAAACCCAAAUAAACUUGAACACUUCAA